AUGGGAAAAAGGAGAAGAGUCGGCGUGGAAGGCGGCGGCACGACUUUUGUCGUCGCGCUCUCCGAAGACGGAGACGAUUGGUCGCACGUCGAGGAAAGAUUCGAGAUACCAACGACUUCCGCGGAGGAGACGUUGCAGAAAGUGAAGGAGAUAUUAGACCAAUUGUACCCGUUCGAUGCGCUUGGGAUAUCUUGUUUUGGACCGCUCGAGUUGAACGAGACGAAAGAGAAGUACGGAUACAUCACGACGACGCCCAAGUUACAAUGGAAAGAUACAAAUAUUUUAGGAAUUUUAGCCGGGAAAGAUACCAAAUGGGCGGACGUGCCGAUUGGUUUCGAUACGGACGUCAACGCGCCGGCGAUGGCUGAGUUUGCGUAUCAUAAUAAUACUAAUAAGAAUAACGAAAAGAAAGAAGAAGAAGAAGAGAAAAUAGAAUCGUGCGCGUACAUCACCGUAGGCACCGGUAUCGGUGUAGGUUUGGUUAUAAACAGUAAGCCCGUCCACGGCUUACUCCACCCGGAAGCCGGUCAUAUUUCCAACACGCCAGAUAAGUGGCAAUUCCCACCACCAACGAACACAGAAAAGAGUAAAGUCGAUGACAAUGAAAAUAUAGUUUAUGAUCAUUUCGAAGGCACGUGUCCGUUCCACGGCUCUGCGUGCGUCGAAGGCAUGGCGAGUUCAGUCGCGCUGGCGAAACGAGCGAACUGCACGCUCGAGGAGUUGAAGCUACUUUCGGACGACGAUAUCAUUUGGGAAAAGUGUGCGCACCAUCUCGGAGGGUUAUGCGCCACGUUAUUGUUAGUAGCUAGUCCGGAAAAAAUUGUGUUAUCAGGCGGAGUCAUGCGAAGAACCGUUUUGUUCCCGAAAAUUCGCGAAAAAGUCUACGAACUUCUCGGCGGGUACAUCGGCGUCGACCGCGUGCAAUCGAAAAAAGGUUUAGAAAAAUUAAUCGGUCCCUCGCGCUGGGGCGAUACUGCCGGUAUUAUCGGUAGUUUAUACUUGGCUGAAAUGGCGUAUUUGCAAAGAUGA